CAGGUUUCGAUGAGCAUUCUCAUGUAAAUGCAAAAAAGUCUUAAAGCCUAGAAGCACAGGCGUCAGUCCAGGAUGGGGAGAUCAUUGCGGCGUGCAAAGAAGUUUCGUCCCAAGCUCACUGUCAAGGGAAAGAAAAAGCCGCGUACAAAGGCCAAGAUUCCCCUCGAAAUUACAGCACAUCGACCUGGCAUGGCUGCAAAGCUGGGGGCCGAGCCAAAUUGGGAUCGAGAGAAGCCUCUCACAUCCAACUAUGCUAGCAACAAGGUCCUCCAAGACCCCAACGCAGGCUUUGGCAGGAAUGCCAAGCCGGACAUCAUCCAGGAUGAUGAGGAGAUAGACAAUGAGGCAGAGAGCGAUGAUGAUCUGAGGGCGCUUGAGGGCAAAUGCCGAAGGAGCGGCCCAGCUCCCCUGCAGAAGCUCACAACAAACCAGCGGCAGAUCAUGGAGCGCUUGAAAGAAGCACACGGGGAUGAUCUGCAGGCCAUGGCGCGGGACAAGAAGCUGAAUCGAAUGCUUCUAACGGAGGGGAAGUUGCGGAAAAUGAUUGCAGCCUAUGAGACAGUUGGGGACAGGGGUCGGUGUGGGUUCAGGGUGCCCAACAAGCGACUCUGGUGAUCACAUUGGCCCUUAGUCUCAGGAAACGCCCAGGAUUUAUGUGCUUGCAUGUGCUUCACGAGCUGCAUCAUUUGAGAUGGCAGAUGAGCUCACCUGUGCUUUUCAAGGUGUUGAAGAAGUGUGGCAGCAGUGUCAGGUCAAGACAUGCAAGAACGCAUGUGGAAGAUAGAUUAGGAUCAAUGACAAGAUAAUGCUCAUUUGUUGGCAUGACAGCGACGGCUUUUGACAUGUGAGUUGCCAACACAGCAGCUUCAGAGCAUGUAACCCUGCUUAUUUGU